AUGGAGCUACAUCUCCAGAAUAUUCCCUCACCUGCGAUGUUGUCCUUCUUUCUCUUCCUGUUCAUGGUGUUUAGCAUAGUUUGGAGAUCAAAAACCAAGUCUUCAAACUCCAAGUUACCACCAGGGCCCCCAAAACUGCCACUUAUUGGGAACAUGCACAAGCUUGGUAAAAUGCCUCAUCAAGGCCUAACAAAAUUAGCAAAGAAAUAUGGGCCUCUGAUGCAUAUGAAACUUGGUGGUCUUUCCACCAUAGUGGUGUCUUCCCCUGAAAUGGCCAAAGAAGUUAUGAAGACACAUGAUAUCAUCUUUGCAAAUAGGCCUCAUGUUCUUGCAGCAGAUGUUAUCUCUUAUGGUUCAAAGGGUAUGAGCUUUUCCCCUUACGGAAGUUACUGGAGGCAGAUGAGAAAGAUUUGCACGUUUGAGCUACUAACACCAAAGCGUGUUGAAUCAUUUCAAUCAAUCAGGGAAGAGGAGGCAUCAAAUCUUAUCAAACAGAUAUGUUUGAGUGAAGGGUCAUCUAUCAAUCUUAGUAAGACGAUUAGUUCCUUCUCCUAUGGCUUAACAUCACGAGUAGCCUUUGGAGGAAAAUCCGAAGACCAAGAAGCAUUCAUAACUGUUAUGAAGGAUGUCUUAAAAUUAGUUGCUGGUUUCUCUAUAGCUGACUUGUAUCCUUCAAUUGAAGUGCUUCAAGUUUUGACAGGAAUAAGGUCCAAAGCUGAGAAACUCCAUCAAGAAAUAGAUAGAAUCCUUGAGAAAAUUGUCAGAGAUCACAGACACACGAGUUCAGAAACAAAGGAAAACAAUGAAAAAGUAGGUGAAGAUCUAGUUGAUGUCAUGCUGAAGCUUCAGAAGCAGAACAACCUUGAUCAUCCUCUAUCCGACAGCGUUAUCAAAGCAACACUUUUGGAUAUCUUCAGUGCUGGAAGCGGUACUUCAGCAAAAACCAUAGAGUGGGCAAUGUCAGAACUUGUCAAAAAUCCAAGGGUGAUGGAAAGAGCACAAGUUGAAAUAAGAAGGGUCUUUGAUGGUAAAGGGCAUGUAGAUGAAGCUAACAUUCAUGAACUGAAAUACUUAAAGUCAGUUAUCAAAGAAACCUUGCGUCUACAUCCUCCUGUUCCAUUAUUACUACCAAGGGAAUGCAGUGAGAGAUGUGAAAUUAAUGGUUAUGAGAUACCAGCUAAAAGUAAGGUUAUUGUUAAUGCUUGGGCAAUUGGGAGGGAUCCAAACUACUGGAUUGAAGCUGAGAAGUUUUAUCCAGAAAGGUUCCUUGAUAGCUCAGUUGAUUACAAAGGUGUAGAUUUUCAGUUUAUCCCAUUUGGUGUUGGAAGGAGGAUGUGUCCUGGCAUUACAUUUGGCAUUGUUAAUGUUGAAAUCAAACUAGCAAAUUUGCUUUUCCAUUUUGAUUGGAAGAUGCCCAAUGGGAAUAAGCCUGAAGAACUUGACAUGACUGAAUCAUUUGGCUUGUCUGUAAGAAGAAAACAUGAUUUGUACUUGAUUCCUUGUAUGUAUCACUCAUCUACUAAUUAAUACCACUGUGAAGGAAUUCUUGUUAUGUUCUCAGUUAUUGGGUAUGGCUCAUAUUUCACGUUCGGACGACAGCCCUUGUUUGCAGGAUACAAAGAAAACUAAUGUUUGUGUCCCUGCUCUUCUAGUUAGUUAUCAGUAUGAUGUUGAAUGAGCAAUUUUCUGUGUUUAUUGAUAGUUUGAAUUGAAAGAGGACUGAGUUUUGUUUUUGAUUUAUCAAUUUUCGCCUUCAAUCUUUGUUGCC